AUGCCCACCCAGCUGGAGGUGGCCAUGGAUGCCAUAAUUAGAACCUUCCACCGGUACUCUUGUAGGGAAGGGGACAGGUUCAAGCUGAACAAGGGGGAACUGAAGCUGCUCCUGCAGAGAGAGCUCACAGAAUUCUUCUCGUGCCAAAAGGAUCCUCAAUUGGUCGAUAAGAUAAUGCAGGACCUGGACGCCAACAAGGACAAUGAAGUGGAUUUUAAUGAAUUUGUGGUCAUGGUGGCAGCUCUGACAGUGGCUUGUAAUGAUUACUUUGUAGAACAAUUGAAGAAGAAAGGCAAAUAA